AUGCCAGUGAAAUGCUGUUUCCACAGGUCACCGCCUACAGAGACAAUGGCCUGGUCUGAGAACAUGGACACCCUUCUAAGCAACCAAGCUGGCCUAGAUGCUUUUCGAACAUUCCUCAAAUCGGAGUUUAGUGAAGAAAAUGUGGAGUUCUGGCUCGCCUGUGAAGACUUUAAGAAAACAGAAAGUGCAGAAAAACUUGUCUCCAAAGCCAAGAUGAUUUAUUCUGAAUUCAUCGAAGCCGAUGCCCCUAAAGAGAUUAACAUCGACUUCGGCACCAGGGACCUCAUCUCAAAGAACAUCGCGGAACCCACUCGCAAAUGUUUUGACGAGGCUCAGAAGCUAAUCUACAGUCUCAUGGCUAAGGAUUCCUUUCCUCGAUUUCUCAAGUCAGAGAUUUAUAAGAAACUGGUACACAGCAGACAGGUUGGAAAUCAUAAAAAAUGGCUCCCUUUCUUGUAGAGAAGGCAAAUGACAAACUAACAAUCAGGUUAUAAAUGGGAAAAAAACAACUGAUAGGGCAGAUCAACUCUUAUCACUCCAAGGCUAGAAUGGUUUAAGUAUUUCAAUGCAAUAUAUGGCUCUUUAGGGUUUAGAAGACAUGUUUUACUCCAAUAGGAAAAUCAUUUUACGUACG